AUGCUAAAAUAAGUGAAGUGUAAUGCAAUUACAGUAGAUCCAUUUGUAAAUCGCAAAUCGAUGACACCAAAUCCUCAUAAUAGAUCAAAGACUGAUAGAAUUAAGUAAUAAAAUCUUGUUUCUGAAAAAACAGCAGAUACAUUAACUUCAUCAAUCUCUACAUUGCUUCAUCCCUCAAUAACUGAGGUUAAGAAUUAAGGUGCCACUUCAUUAAAUGUAGAUAAAUAUUUAUACAAAUAUUUCACACCUUAUAGAAGAUUUUCAGAAAAAAAAAAUGGAAAUAAGAAAUUAUCUCCUUUAAAUGAUAAUAAUAUUCCAUGUAAAGUAUCUAGUGAAAUUGGAUCGUUUCGUAAUUCAGUGUAAAAUAUAGACAAUGAUUAAUUUUCUAUGAUUUAAUCAGGAACUUCAAAUAAAGAACAUUAAAAUCAGACAAAGAAAAUGUUUUGUAACUCUCAAUAAAAACUAAAAACUUUAAAUAUAAUAUAACAAAAGAAUAAAUCUAAUAAAAAAUAAGAAACUUCAAAUCAGUAAUUGGUUUACCUUAAUUAAGAAUAAGAACAAUUAGAAACUCUUUAGAAUGAAGAAAUUUUGAUUUAUCAUCCUUUCUAAGAAGAACCAAAAAAAUAAUCAUCAAUUUAGAACUAAUCAUAAAAUUCAAAAAAAUCAAUAGAAUCUGAUAAGGUAUAAGAUCAAGGCAUUUUAGAAUUAUAAAAGUUUGAUUCUGAAACAAUGGACUGUUAUGUAAAAUAAUUUCGAGUAUAAAUUAAAAAGACAAUAAUAUUAAAUUAAAAUUAGACAUCAAUCAUUAAAUAAUACUAAAAUUCAGGAAUUUAAGCAGAUAUUUAAGAAGAAAUAAAUUAAUAAAAUAAUUACUAUCAAUAAUAAGAAUUAGAGAAUAUAAAGUUUAAUUAGGCAAAGAGUGAAAUACUAAAACAAGAGUAAGGUGAAUCAAGACUCUCAAAUCUUAAUACUAAAAAAAGAAGAUUCUAAAUUAAAUUUUUAUUUCAUUUUCUGAUUGUGAUUUUAUUUAUCAUAUUUUAUUCUCUAAUAGUAUGA